CGCUGACGUCAGUAGCGAGGCUCAUGAAUGUUAUACAGAACUGGGUCACACACGCAGGAUUUUGAGCUGGGCCGUCAGUGUGUGAGUUUGGAUUAGGAACACAAGUUGUACAUUGUUUCUGUCGGAUUAAAAGAUUAAUAAGAUGCCUUCAACACCGGAGAAGUUGACAAAAUAUGAAAAGAUCGAGAAUUAUGUCCGAGGAUUUAAGUUAUCCUCCCUAACCUACAAGCGAGUCAUGCAUCUCUUACACGAUGAAAUGAACUAUGGCCUUCUCAAGUCCUCCAAUCAUAUGGCAGACAUCAAAAUGUUUCCAACAUUUGUCCGUGCCCUUCCCGAUGGAACAGAAAAGGGAAAGUUUUUGGCUUUAGAUUUGGGUGGAACCAACUUCCGUGUGCUGAUGGUGAAGUUGGACGGACGUGAUGUGGAUAUACAGAGUAAGACAUACCUGAUUCCACAGCGGAUCAUGCUUGGCACAGGUAUACAGCUGUUCGAUCACAUUGCGGACUGUAUUGGACGCUUUGUGAAUGACCACGAUUUACAAGGGGAACAACUCCCUCUGGGAUUUACCUUUUCGUUUCCGUGUAAACAAGAUGGCCUGGCUACGGCACGUCUCUCAAAGUGGACGAAAGGAUUCCGUUGUGAAGGAGUUGUAAAUGAAGAUAUCUGCAGGCUGUUACAAGAUGCUCUUAAGCGUAGAACAAAUACCAUCAUUGAGAUCGUCGCUGUGGUAAAUGACGCUGUAGGAACUCUCAUGUCUACCGCCCAUAGUGACAGACAGUGUGAAAUCGGCCUUAUUCUAGGUACGGGAUGUAAUGCAUGUUACAUGGAACAAUUGGACAGUGUUGAGCUUUGGGAAGGGGACAAUUGUCAUCCACAACAGGUCAUUAUCAACACCGAGUGGGGAGCAUUUGGAGACAAUGGCUGCCUUGACUUCAUACGUACAGAAUAUGACAGAGAAUUGGACAACUUCUCCAUCAACCCUGGGAAACAGAUUAUGGAGAAGAUGAUAUCUGGAAUGUAUAUGGGAGAGAUCGUCCGUCUGACUCUGGAACGCCUCUCGAUGGAGGGGCUUAUCUUCACCAGCAUUGAUCGAGAGUGUGAGCUGUUUGAAAGGGGACGCUUUUACACAAAAUAUGUAUCUGAAAUCGAGAGUGAUCAUGACGAGUUUUUUGGCAAUACAAAGCAAGUCCUUGAUGAAUUGGGCAUCGAGAACUAUACCACAGAGGACUGUAAGAUUGCCAAAUACAUUUGUACGCUGGUAUCGGCCCGCGCCGCAUUCCUAGCAUCAGCAGGACUGGCCACAUUAAUCAACAAGCUCAAUAAACCAGAGAUGACCAUCGCGGUCGACGGCUCACUAUACAGAUUCCAUCCACGAUUCCACAACCUCAUGUGUCUGAAAAUCCAGGAACUUGUAAAACCAGGAUUAAAGUUCAAAUUGAUGCUUUCUCAUGACGGUAGUGGGAAGGGUGCCGCCCUUGUUGCAGCAGUCGCAAUGCGUCUUCGUGACCAGGACAUUCAAGAACAGAAAGAGGGCGUGGCCUGUGUAUGACGGACAGCCACAGACUAAUUCUGAAACAGCAUUUAUUGUGUGAGAGACAGGAGAAUGCAAGUUGAAGGUCGCUAGAAUCUACAGCUCACAAAAUGGCCUCAUUUCCAAGGUCAUCGUUACAAGGUCACUUGGCCACCGCUGAUAGUUGUAAUGCCACUCAUGUCUGUAAGUGAGGUGUAUCAGAGAUAUAUCCAGUUUACUACCGCAUUUUUGUUUACUUUAUAUAACAAACAUUCUACCACAAUACGCUGUGUUAUUCCACUCUCAAGCCAUUGUAUAAAUGUGCCGACUGUUGGAUAAAUAUAUGUUAUAUACCACUAGUGGUAUAUGACCUUCCGGUCUUUUGAUUGGUCAAGAAUUCGAACUUUGACCCAAGCUGCAAUUGUUAUUUAUGUCAUCAAUAAUCGAAUGACGUACGUGGUAUCACAGGGUCCUGGACGUCACCGGUACACUUUAUUUGCAUACGUGAAAUUAUACUUUGCCAUGUUUCCUUUUGAUUCAAGCCCGAUGUCAUUGUGGUAGAAACAGGUCACACGACUAGUGAUUGUUGGAUAUGGAAUUUAUUUUACACUCGUAAGUUAUUUUUUAAAA